AUUAAUUCUUGGUGCCCACUAAUACAUUGGACGUUGGAUUCUUGUUGCCCACUAAUAUAUUGGACGUUGAAUUCAUUCUUGGUGCCCACUAAUAUAUUGGACGUUAGGCUUGUUCUUGGUGUAAUAAUACAUUGGACGUUGGAUUUAUUCUUGGUUCCCACUAAUAUAUUGGACGUUGGGUUUGUUCUUGGUGCUCACUAA